UCCUUCCGCCAGUCAGCAGCUGAGCGGGAGAUUGUCAUGUAUCACGACGACUGGAGUUACCGGUUCGCGGCUGCCGUUGCAUCAGGCGAUGGUACAAAUGGACCAAGUCAGCCGGGACUGUAUCCGAAUGGUUCUCGCAUGAUGAGGGCGCAGUUUAUGAGCCCUGUUGCCCAUUACCCCUCUGUGGGAAUGGGUGGCCUACCUCCAAGGCCAGGUUUGGCCCCACCAGGCAUGAUCCCACCUUUGCUGGGACCAAUGGGUGCUCAUCCAAUGGGUCCGAUGGCCCCUAUGAUUCCUUCUCUCAUGUCUGGGAUGAUGAUGACUACUCAUGUAGCCCCCGGCACCUUACCCACCUUACCCGCAGGCAUGCCGCCAGGUUUGGACCCCACAUUAGGUCAGCCGCCAGUUGCACCGUCGCCACUUCCUGUAAUUUCAGCACCACCAUCGAUCACUGCUAAUAGCAGCACUAAUGAAGAACCAAAUAAACCGAAAUCUUUGUGGACUGAGCAUAAAUCACCAGAUGGUAGGACGUAUUAUUAUCAUAUCGAAACCAAGCAGUCUACCUGGGAGAAGCCGGAUGAAAUGAAAUCUCCAGUGGAGCAAAUGUUAUCCAAAUGUCCUUGGAAGGAAUUCAAAUCCGACUCUGGAAAGCCCUACUUUUACAAUUCCCAGACAAAGGAAUCUCGUUGGGCUAAACCAAAGGAGCUGGAGGAUCUUGAAGCAAUGAUCAAGGCAGAAGAAAGUGGCAGUGUACCGGACCCAGCAGCUUCUGCAGCUGUUGCACCCGUCCAGGCCACUCAAGCUGCAGAGAUGGUCAGCACCACCACACCUGUGUCAAUAGCUGCAGAACCAGAGCUUGUGAUGUCCACCCCCACUACUCCUGCCAUAGACACUGAAAUGAUGGUCAAUGAUAUUGUAGAGGAGCAAGCCUAUUCUGUAUCAUCUUCUAUUCAAGACAAGGAUCACGAAGUUAGCAGCAGCGGCGUAGUCGAAGAAUUGGCUAAACAAGACGUUUUGCCAGACUCUGCUUCAAUAGAAGAACCUGAAGAGGAAAAAGCUCCCAAAAAAACCUACACUUGGAACACAAAAGAAGAAGCCAAGCAAGCAUUUAAAGAACUCCUAAAAGAAAAGCGUGUGCUGUCCAAUGCAUCUUGGGAACAAGCCAUGAAAAUGAUCAUUAAUGAUCCCAGAUACAGUGCCCUGGCAAAGUUGAGUGAGAAAAAACAAGCUUUUAAUGCUUACAAAGUUCAGACAGAAAAGGAAGAAAAAGAGGACGCCAGGCUGAAAUAUAAGGAGGCAAAAGAGGCUUUCCAGAGGUUCUUAGAAAAUCACGAAAAGAUGACCUCCAUCACCCGAUACAAAAAAGCAGAACAGAUGUUCACAGAAUUAGAUGUUUGGAAUGGAAUUUCUGAACGUGAUCGCCUCGAGAUUUAUGAAGAUGUCUUAUUCUAUUUAGCAAAGAAAGAAAAGGAGCAAGCGAAGCAGCUGAGGAAGAGAAACUGGGAGGCGCUGAAGAAUAUACUUGACAAUAUGGCCAAUGUAACCUACUCUACUACAUGGUCAGAAGCUCAGCAGUACCUCAUGGACAACCCGACAUUUGCUGAAGAUGAAGAACUUCAGAAUAUGGAUAAAGAAGAUGCAUUAAUAUGUUUCGAAGAGCAUAUUCGUGCUUUAGAAAAGGAGGAAGAGGAGGAGAAGCAAAAGACUUUGCUGCGGGAAAGAAGACGGCAGCGGAAAAACAGAGAAUCUUUCCAGGUAUUUUUGGAUGAAUUGCAUGAACACGGUCAGUUGCAUUCAAUGUCGUCUUGGAUGGAGUUGUAUCCUACAGUUAGUUCUGAUAUACGGUUUGCCAACAUGCUUGGGCAGCCAGGGUCCACAGCCUUGGAUCUUUUCAAAUUUUAUGUGGAGGGUCUCAAAGCUCGAUAUCACGACGAGAAAAAAAUAAUAAAAGAUAUAUUGAGGGACAAAGGAUUUGUGGUUGAGCUUCGAACAACAUUUGAAGAUUUUGUCAUGGUUAUUAGUUCAACAAAAAGGGCCACAACGUUAGAUGCUGGAAAUAUCAAGCUGGCUUUCAAUAGCCUCUUGGAAAAAGCAGAGGCUCGGGAACGAGAGCGUGAGAAAGAAGAGGCCCGCAAAAUGAAGAGGAAAGAAUCUGCUUUCAAGAGCAUGCUAAAACAAGCAGCGCCCCCUAUUGAAGUAGACUCUGCUUGGGAAGAGGUGCGGGAGAGGUUUAUUAAGGAGCCGGCUUUUGAAGACAUCACACUGGAAUCUGAGAGGAAGAGGAUAUUUAAAGAUUUUGUGCAUACUCUAGAGCACGAAUGUCAACAUCAUCAUUCGAAAAACAAGAAGCAUUCAAAGAAGUCCAAAAAGCACCACCGUAAGAGAUCACGGUCACGUUCGGGCUCGGAAUCGGAGGAGGAGGAGGAAAACCACACAAAAAAGAAAAGGCAACGAUCGGACUCUCGAUCAGCCUCUGAACAUUCCACUAGUGGGGAGUCAGAAAAAAGCUAUAAAAAGGCAAAAAAGCACAAAAAAAAGAGCAAAAAGAGAAGACAUAAGUCUAAUUCUCCAGAAUCUGAAGUAGAGAAAGAAAGAGAGAAAAAAGAUCGGGAUAGGGAUCGGGAACGAGAACGAGACAAGGAAAAUGACAAAGAGCGUUCAAGACAAAAAGAAUCAAAACAGAAAUCCCCGAAAAGGAAACCAGUGAAAGACUCUGGUAACUGGGACACAUCUGGAAGUGAAUUAAGUGAAGGAGAGCUUGAAAAGCGGAGACGAACCCUCUUGGAACAACUGGAUGAUGAUCAAUAGGAACACCUCAUUACCAAAUAUGUUUACAGUAAAAUGUGACAGAUGCCGAAUUCUUAGUUUCUAGCAGGGAAUUGUUCAACCUUCCACAGAUAUAAACCGCGGUUGCUCUCUGUACAAAGAAUUGUCUCCAUUGGAGAAUGUGCUCUCUAGUUAAAACUCCACGUUGUAAAUUUCACAUUUUUUUUUUUUUUGCCCCAUAUACUUGCCUUAAGUAAAUAACAGAAUGUGCCACCUGAUUUCCUGUCAAUCAUUAAACUGACUUUCUUUUGGAUAUCUAUUUAAUCCCCAUUUGCUCUGGGAGGGAGCGGGAUUGAACUGUAAUUCUGGUUAAAACAGAAUCUUAUUUUUUAUAUUUUAUUUUCUUUGCAGCUAUUCCCCCUGUGAUUAUUCAGUGGUAAACAUUCUUCUGACCGGGCUAUUUUUGUACAUUUUUAUGAAUUAUUAAAGCCUUGUCUUUUA